AUGGGGAACUUCACUGACCCCCGAGCCCCAGCCGAUGGUGACGCCCCCCAUAUAGUCGAGGAACCGGAGGGCGGGAGUGGGUUUUACCAAGAGUGCGUGUGUGUGUGGGGGAAACAAAUUUCUGGACGGUACCAUUUCACGAUAAGGAAAGCGGGCGCGGAGGGGUCCUUGCUGCCUUCAAGCAGAAAGCUAGCAGAGCAGAUAGCAGCUAAAAUUGGAGGGGACUCGGCCACAACAGUGAACAACACUACUCCUGACUUUGGAUUUGGUGGUCAGAAGAGGCAACUGGAAGAUGGAGACCAGCCAGAGAGCAAAAAAAUGGCCCCUCAGCCUGAACCCAUGCCACCACCCCCUCAGCUUGGACCGAUCCAUCCUCCUCCCAGGUCUACAGUGACUGAAGAGUACAGAGUACCUGAUGGCAUGGUGGGACUCAUCAUAGGAAGAGGUGGAGAGCAGAUCAACAAAAUACAGCAGGACUCUGGAUGCAAAGUACAGAUCUCACCAGACAGUGGAGGAUUGCCAGAGCGAAGUGUAUCUCUGACUGGAUCACCAGACUCUGUCCAAAAAGCAAAAAUGAUGCUUGAUGAUAUCGUAUCUCGAGGGCGUGGUGGACCACCGGGUCAGUUCCAUGAUAAUGCCAACGGGCAGAAUGGUACAGUGCAGGAAAUCAUGAUCCCAGCUGGGAAAGCUGGUCUGGUGAUCGGCAAGGGAGGAGAGACCAUUAAACAGUUGCAGGAGCGAGCUGGAGUGAAAAUGAUUUUAAUUCAGGAUGGUUCACAAAACACGAAUGUAGAUAAGCCUCUUCGGAUAGUUGGAGACCCUUACAAAGUACAGCAAGCCUGUGAAAUGGUAAUGGAUAUCUUACGAGAACGGGACCAGGGAGGCUUUGGUGACAGAAACGAAUACGGUUCCAGAAUUGGUGGAGGAAUAGAUGUCCCUGUGCCUAGGCAUUCUGUGGGCGUGGUUAUUGGACGCAGCGGUGAAAUGAUUAAAAAAAUACAGAAUGAUGCUGGAGUUCGGAUACAGUUCAAGCAAGACAUCUUGGUUAAAGGGAGAGUUUACACAACCAGAGACCCAUAUGAUGGAACGGGUCCUGAGAAGAUCGCCCAUAUCAUGGGUCCUCCUGACAGAUGUGAACACGCUGCCCGGAUUAUCAAUGACCUUCUCCAGAGUCUCCGGAGUGGUCCACCAGGUCCCCCAGGCUCAGGAAUGCCUCCUGGAGGCAGAGGGCGAGGCAGAGGGCAGGGUAACUGGGGGCCUCCUGGAGGAGAGAUGACCUUCUCUAUCCCUACUCACAAGUGUGGGCUGGUUAUUGGCAGAGGUGGAGAAAAUGUAAAGGCCAUAAACCAGCAGACGGGAGCCUUCGUAGAAAUAUCUCGGCAGCUACCACCCAACGGAGACCCUAAUUUCAAACUGUUUAUCAUUCGUGGCUCACCUCAGCAGAUCGAUCAUGCCAAGCAACUGAUUGAGGAGAAGAUAGAGGGUCCUCUUUGCCCAGUUGGACCAGGACCUGGGCCUGGGGGACCUCCUGGACCGGCACCCAUGGGCCCCUUCAACCCUGGGCCUUUCAGUCAAGGGCCACCCAGUGCACCCCCUCACCCUGGAGGACCACCACCUCCACAAUACCCACCCCAAGGCUGGGGAAAUGCCUACCCUCAGUGGCAGCCUCCUGCUCCUCAUGACCCAAGUAAAGCAGCAGCAGCAGCAGCAGACCCCAACGCCGCCUGGGCAGCCUAUUACUCGCACUACUACCAGCAGCCUCCGGGCCCAGUUCCAGGGGCACCGCCAGCCCCCACAGCACCGCCAGUGCAAGGAGAGCCACCCCAGCCGCCCCCCACCGGACAGUCCGAUUACACUAAAGCAUGGGAGGAAUAUUACAAAAAACUAGGCCAGCAACCCCAGCAGCCUGGAGCUCCACCACAACAGGACUACACAAAAGCCUGGGAAGAAUAUUAUAAGAAGCAAGCAGCUCAGGUAGCUACUGGGGCAGGGCCAGCAGCACCACCGGGACCUCAGCCAGACUACAGUGCAGCCUGGGCAGAAUACUACAGACAACAAGCCGCCUACUAUGGACAGACACCUGGGGCUGGUGGCCCAGUACCACCACCGACACAGCAGGGACAGCAGGCUCAGUGAGUUGAAUGUGAACCUCCCCAUCUCUGAGAACCUUUUUGUUUUGGAAAGAGAGGUGGCUGCUGCAGGAAGUGACGGGCUGGGAAGAGAGCCGGCCUGUGGCUCUUGAUUGCUGGGUUUCUUCUGGAAAUCUUGGCCAUGCCGCCUUCAAGUCUUUCGUAAUAUAAAUCCAGAUCUUCAGACCCCUAAUGUUGAGCCUGCAGCUGUAGAAGAUACCCAACUAAAACCGCCGCUGCCCAUCCUGCCUGACACACACCUCAGUUUUCAGGGUAACACUUCCUUUUUUUCUUUCUGUUUUGUUUUAAAAAGAAACUUUACAAGGAAAAGUCACUCUGCUUUUUAGUUAGAGUUGGAACAUUCCUCGGACAAAGGUGUUGGUGUUUCAGACAACCCCUUCCCUGCCCCUCCAUUUCUCCACUGCUAGGACUGAUCUGUCGUGUUUUUGUCUGUUCAAGAAGAAAUUGAAACAAACAAUUGUAUGCUCAAUUUUUACUUUUUACCGCUCGUUUUUAACUUCACAAAUAAAUGAUAACAAAACAUC